UAUAUAUAGAUAUAGCUUUAUCGCAACCCUCGAAAUCAGCACCCCUUUUUCAAAAAUCUCAUCCUUAUUUCAUCAUCAUCUUCUUCUUUUUCUUCUGAUUCUUCAAGAGAAGAGGGGUUUUCAGCGCCAUGGAUCACGCGGCGGAUGCUCAGAGAACGGACUUGAUGACCAUCACUCGAUUUGUGUUGAAUGAGCAAUCCAAGUACCCGGAAUCGCGAGGGGAUUUCACCAUUUUGCUUAGUCAUAUCGUUCUUGGCUGCAAAUUCGUCUGCUCUGCUGUUAACAAGGCAGGUUUAGCUAAACUUAUUGGACUUGCUGGUGAGACCAAUGUUCAGGGCGAAGAGCAAAAGAAACUGGAUGUGCUCUCAAAUGAAGUUUUUAUUAAGGCUUUGGUCAGCAGUGGCAGAACUUGUAUCCUUGUUUCUGAAGAAGAUGAAGAGCCAACUUAUGUCGAGCCAUCUCGGCGUGGAAGGUAUUCUGUUGUGUUUGAUCCGCUUGAUGGAUCCUCCAACAUUGACUGUGGCGUUUCGAUUGGAACGAUUUUCGGAAUCUAUCACUUGAACGAUAGCCAUGAACCUAACCUGGAAGACGUCCUUCAACCAGGAAAGAAUAUGGUUGCAGCAGGCUAUUGCUUGUAUGGCAGCUCUUGCACACUCGUUUUAAGUACUGGAACUGGUGUUAAUGGAUUCACUCUUGACCCUUCUCUUGGGGAGUUCAUUUUAACCCACCCAGACCUUAAGGUUCCAAAGAAAGGAAAGAUAUAUUCAGUGAAUGAAGGAAAUGCUAAGAACUGGGAUGGUCCGACCGCAAAGUAUGUAGAGAAUUGCAAGUUUCCUACAGAUGGAUCACCCCCAAAGUCUCUGAGAUACGUUGGAAGCAUGGUUGCUGAUGUGCAUCGUACAUUGCUUUAUGGUGGUAUCUUUUUGUACCCUGGUGACAAGAAGAGCCCUAACGGAAAACUGCGUGUGUUGUAUGAAGUUUUUCCAAUGGCGUUCUUGAUGGAGGAAGCAGGAGGUCAAGCAUUCACUGGCAAAAUAAGGGCACUUGAGUUAGUUCCAAAGACGAUACAUGAGAGAUCUCCCAUAUUUCUUGGUAGCUAUGAUGAUGUUGAAGAGAUCAAAGCUCUUUAUGCUGCUGCUGCUGCUGCUGAGAAUAAAUGAAUGAAUGAAUGUGUUCAAUGUUUCAUUCUGAUUUUGCAUUCGUGGCCAUAGGAUUCUAAUGUCCUAUUGAUUAUUAUUAUUAUUAUUCUUACUUCUAUAAUGUUAAUCAAUGCAUAAAAUGUGGCCAUCACAAUCCUUACU